AUGGCUCUUAGUCCCGGUGGAUUGGCAGGAUUGCUGCUUUUGGGCAUUUUGAUGAAUUUGGCAAUCGUUGUGGCGCUCUACAUUUGGCAUUACCGACAACUUAAGAAAGGAAUGGUUGGAAUCAAAUUCACAUUUAGUGACAAACUGCAUGGGGCAUUUCGCUGGAUUCUAUUUGCUCUGAUUACACUCUGUUGGAUGGCCUCGAUUGCUGCCACUGCCUCUUGCAACUUUAUCAAGGUCACUGUCCCAUAUGUGGGUCAGCAAAUUGAAUUUGGCAUGGGCUUUCAAAAAUUCUAUGUGCCUGCUGCCAUUUCCAAUCCGGCCAAGUGUCAAGGAUUUGCUUCCGAUGGAACGGGAUACUUUACGGGGAACCAUCCAGCCUUUACCUUUGCAGUCGCCAACUGUCUGUUGACCAGUGUCGGUUUCGUUGGAAUCGUUUGCAUCCAAUUUAUUCUCCGUGUGGUAAAGACCCGGCAGCUGGUUUGGCUGGUGUGCAAGAUUGCCAUGUACUGUUCCGUUUGGUGCUGCAUCUGCACCUUUUACGUCCAAGAAAUGGGAGUCUGUGAUGACUUUGGUUGCUCUAUGGGACCCGCUGGAAUCAUUCAAGUCUUCAAUGUCCUUGCUUUGAUGAUUUCGUCUGCUUUGCUCUUCGUCACCGACUGUGGCGAUGAGUCAGCCUUUGACAAAUGCCGAACCAAGACGACUAUUGUACGUGUCCCAGCUGGCACCAUGAACGCUCAACGAAUGGGAUAG